CCUUAACGACCAUAUGCUAACAGUCUUUAAAACGUUCUCUCUCACCAUUCAUAUCCAUUCAGGUAUCUACAAGCCAUGAAACAUUUUAUUUUGCUGACAACCUUGUGCAUGCUCCCCAUCUCAGGGGCACACAGGAUUGUUGGAGGUCGAGAAGCCAGAGCUCAUUCCAGACCAUACAUGGUUUCUCUACAGAUCCGGGGACAGAGUUUCUGUGGAGGAUCUCUAAUCUAUCCUAACUGGGUUCUCACUGCAGCACAUUGCAUGGAAGACAUGCGUGUAGAUAUGAUCCGUGUUGUACUUGGUGCUCAUAACCUCCGUAACCCAGACAGAUUUGUGCAGGUGCUAAGUAUCCAGGAAUCAUUCACACAUCCCGAAUACAACCCAACAACUUUUCAGAAUGAUAUAAACCUCCUAAAGUUAAACAGCUUUGCUAAUAUAAAUCGCUUUGUAAGAAAUAUCUCCCUUCCUCUCAACGAUUCAAAUGUGCUUCCCGGUUCUCCUUGCUCGGUGGCUGGCUGGGGUGAAGUGAGUGAUUUCGGAACUUUGCCCAGAGCUCUAAUGGAAACAGAUGUUAAUGUUAUCAGCCGGGAAACCUGUAAUCAGCAUUGGGGUCAGAUUAUCUUCGAGAGCAUGUUGUGUACUGCUAGUCCUGGACAACAAAACAAAGGCUUUUGCUCUGGAGAUUCUGGGGGCCCUCUUGUGUGCAGAAACCGAAUUGAAGGACUAGUGUCAUUUUCUGGAUUAUUCUGUGGAGACCCUAAUACCCCAGAUGUGUAUACUCGAAUUUCAGCCUUUCUGCCUUGGAUCCAGAGUGUGAUAAGCAGACGUUGAAAGAAGAAAGAGAAACAGUUAAAAAUAUAUUUUUUGUUCUUUAUAUACUGUAGUUAUGUUGGUAAAUGGUAAAGAAAUCUGUGGUAUAUGAAAAAGUAUUUGGCGGAUUUAUUGUAACCUGUUUGUCACACUGAAUACUUUAGGUCUUUAAAGUCUUUUUAUAAAUGCAGUUUUUAUUUUGCUGUUAUUACUGUUACUAUUUUAAAAAUGCACGUUUUGGCAGAGUAUUCAUAUUCUUUGUAUACAGAAUUCUUUUCAAGACCACUCAUCUGUAGUGAAACUUUUAACUAAUUUCUCAA